UCUACUUUCUCUACUCUUUCUCUUAGAUCUAAACCACUCUCUAAUGCUCUCCCAUGAACCCAAACCCUAGGAAUUCAAUCCCCAUUCACUCCCAGUUGAGCAACUCCUCCAUCUCCAUGGACCCUGAUGACCCCCUUGAUCUCUUCUCCAGACGCCACCGUAGCCUAUUGAUCUCCUCCCACGCUCAACCUAAUGGCCAUCAGGAGGCGAUGAAGUUUGGGAGAAGCGGAGUGGACGAUCUCUUGUCUUCUGAGCUUGGGAAGCAUGAUUAUGAUUGGCUUCUGACUCCUCCUGGAACUCCUCUCACGUCAUCUUUAGAAGCUGGUGAGCAGCAACUGGCCACAAGAGCUCCAAAAAGCAGUUCAAAUGUCAGAGCAUCCUCAACCACAAAAACUUCAAGGCUUUCUGUAUCUCAAUCAGAGAAUGGCCAUUCAAACAAACCGGCCCGGAGCAUUUCAGCAAUGCGGCCUUCCAUCUCUAGCACACACUCUUCCAAUUACUUAUCUAACAACAACAGAACAUCAAUCCUCAACACAAGCACAGCCUCAGUCACCUCAAGACCAUCAACUCCUAGUAACCGCUCCACAACCGCUACUUCAAGAUCUUCAACUCUAACCUCUCGUCCAGUGUCUUCACGCCCAUCGACUCCAACACGAACCCGACCACCUCCAACUUCUCCAGCUGAUAAACCAAAACCAAUGCAUGGUUCUAGACCUUCAACUCCAAAUGGCAGACCUCAACUUCCUACAAGUUUAAAUUCAAAUUCAAAUACAUUAGCACCACGUCCUAGUUCGAGACCAUCAACUCCUACUCGUCGCACUCCUUCAUCAGUUUCCUGGUCUACAACCACAAGUAAGCCUUCAUCACGUCCUAGUUCACCAGCAGCAAGACCCAGAACUCCAGUUCAGCCAAUCAACAUCCCUGAUUUCCCACUUGAUGUCCCUCCAAAUCUGAAAACUAAACUACCUGAAAGGCCAGCUUCAGCUGGCAGAACACGCCCAGGAAUUGCAUUGACAACCAGAACAACAACUCCAAGUACUGAGGUAACUCCUUUGAGCUCAAACCGCAGGAGCUCUUCACCCAUUGUCACUAGGGGCAGACUCCCCGAAAGCUCGCCAAAAUCUCAGUCACAUAGCAAUGGCUAUGAGACCACACCUCCUGAUUUCCACAAGUCUAUGAAGCCUACCAGAACACCAGUUUCAUACAGUGAUCAGACUACUGGAUUUGGAAGGUCUCUUUCAAAGAAGUCACUAGACAUGGCUUAUAAACAUAUGGACAUUCGACAAAACAUCGGUGGAGGUAUUCGUAGCACAUCCAUCUUCCCUCACAGCAUUCGGUCUAGUACGAAAGGCCGGGCAUAUAGCAAAUCAGACCAGACAGCCCACACUGCUAACAAUGCAGUUCAUAUGCACCAAAAUUUCAAUGGAACAGUAACUGAGGAUUGCUAUGAAGCCAUUUCGGAAAAUGGUAAUAGAGAUCCUUACGGAAGUUAUCGAUAUGACGCAAUUUUACUGAAAGAGGACUCCAAGAGCAUGAAUUGGCUGCACAGUAUUGAUGGUAAGUCUGAUCAGAGCCCCGAAUUCGAUCACCGUUUUGAGCCAUUGCCGGAGCCUUUUUCCCCCUUGUGAGAACUCUGAUGAGUCUGAUCUCUUCUGUGUAAUUUUAGCAACUUUGAUGAUUUUUUCUGCUCUUCUGUUCAUGUCUUCAUGAUGUUUUGCUUAUAAAUCUUCUCAUUGGAUAGAAGAGUUUAUAUUGAAGUUCAGAACUGGAGUUCUUCUUGCAAGAACAAAUUAAGAUAUCAAUGAUAUCUUAUUAGUAUUGUUGUUUUUAAGUACAUUAAUA